AUGGAACAAACAGAGGCAAAUCCAGCAAAUAAUUUGGCUCUUGUGAGGCAUUGUGAUAUGCCAGAGGAUAUGAGAAUUGAUUGUGUAGAGACUGUGUCUUCUGCUAUUGAGACAGCAUUGGAAAAACAACCUCAAAAUUAUGAAAACGCUGCAAAAGCAAUUAAAAUUCAAAUGGAUAAAAAGUAUGGAAAAUCUUGGCAUUGUUUGAUUGGAGAGGGCUUUGGAUUUUCAAUAACUCAUGAAGCAAAGAAUCUUUUGUAUUUAUAUUUUAACGGAAAUUUGGCAGUUCUUGUGUUCAAGGCUUUGUAA